AUUAACAGGAUACCUUUGCGGACUUCUCCGGAGUUUAAGCAAGAUCGAUGCUUGUUCUACCUUAGAGAAUUCAAUAUUAUACUAUGUAAUCGCAUAGUCUAAAGAUUCCAUGAAGAUCUGUGAUAAAAAAAUCUUUCUAACUUGGAAAAUUCAAUAUUAUACUAUGUAAUCGCAUCGUCUAAAGAUUCCAUGAAGAUUUGUGAUAAAAAAUCUUACAUUUCGCGCCUCUAAGGUCUUCUGUUGUGGGAAUAUCCCGAGUAAAUACUCUAAAUUGAGGAUUUGGUGGACCUACAGCCUGCACAAGUUAUUAGUUGACAUUUCAUUUGGUUUCCCUUUGAUCUUACAUUCUAUACUCUUCAGUGUUCGCAAUACCAAUGUUUGGGUGGCAUGGCAAAAGCUUUUCUCUGAUGAACUGAUCUGUGAUCCCUUUCUUGUUGUUUUCUCUAUUCUGGUCAUAUUCGGCUUCUUCACUACCCCCAAAACAAAAUCAGGUUUGGUUAAUAGGGAUCACCUGAUGGGAUUGCCAAGAGUACGAACCCAGUAAUCCUCGUCUAGGGAAUUGCAUAUACCUCCUAAUAGGAGGAGUAUUCACCCCAGAAUUGCAUAUGGUAAGACAUUCUACUCUCAAACUCAGAGAUUGACACCUAAUAGCAGGAAUAAACUCCCUAGCCAAACCCAAGAGCAAACACCCAACUCAGAGAUUUCAUUAAUGACAGGAGAAAUUGCCCCAACCUUGCAUACAGUACAAGUUCAACAGUCUCUGGCUUAACACUAUUGCCAAGAGUAAAACGUCAAUGGUCUCAAACACUGAGAUUAGAGACAUCUAGCUUUGCAAAUACUGGAAUCACAAUAAUCUCAUUUAGUAAAAAGGAAUUGUGCUUUGAUUUAGCAGAAGAAGAAGAGAGCAAUUCAACAAGCGGUAAUCUGUCUGUAAUUAAACUGAUAAAUUAUGACAGUGACUAGAUACAAACCCUCACACAGGUCUCCGUCUUCUACAUCAAGGAUAUACGAUGUUUUCUUAAGUUUUAGAGGGGAAGACGUAAGAAGAACAUUUGUAGAUCACCUGUAUGUGUCCUUAAAAAAUGCAGGGGUUAAUGCAUUCCUGGAUAGCCAUAACAUUAGAAGGCAGGAUGAGACCAGAUCUUCUAUUCAAGAGGCAAUCGACAAUAGUGAGAUUCUCAUUCCUAUAUUCUCCAAGAAAUUUGCAGAUUCCCAUUGGUGCUUGGACGAGGUAGCUCACAUGUGCAGAGCAAAUGGUAUAAUUAUUCCCUUAUUCUAUGAUGUCAAGCCAACAGAGGUAAGAAAUCCUUGGAAAGGUGCCUAUGCCAAGGCUUUUGAGGAGAAGAAACAAAGAUACGCACGGAGAAGAAUAAACGAGUGGAAAACUGCUCUCCAUAGAGUUUCCUCCUUCUCUGGCUGGAGUACAGAAGAUAUAUACGGGUUUGAAGCAGAACUUGUCAAGCUUAUAGUCCAGGAUGUUUUCAAGAUAUUAGAUCAAAAUGUGACCCCAGUGGACGAAGCUGUGCCCCAGCCAUUAGAAGAAGAUCCCUCAGAUACAAUACCCCAGGACAUCAGAAAUGAACCACUCAGAAUUUCAAAGACAAUCUUAAUGGGUAUGGAAGAACACAAGAGUAAAGUUAUAAAUUUGCUCAAUACAGAUUCUGAUGAGAAUGUCCUCACAGUUUCCAUUUAUGGAAAUGGGGGUGUGGGGAAAACGUCACUUGCAAAGGCCAUUCACAAUCACAUUUAUCUCAAAUUUGAUGCUACCUGCAUUGUUUAUGAUGUGCGUCAUAAAGCCCAAAAUACAAAUGGUGUAGCCAAGAUGCAGCGCCAGAUAUUGAAAGACCUCGUCAAGUUCAAGGAUAUAGUUAAUGAUGAGGCUCAUGGAAAGAUGUUGAUGAAGGACCGUUUAAGGUCCAUCAAGGCCCUUGUUAUUCUGGAAUAUGUUGAUGACUGGAAGCAGUUGGAGGCUCUAGCAGGUGAUUGGUUUGGACCAGGUAGCAGAGUGAUUGUAACAACGCUUGACCCCAACAUACUAAAGAAGGAAAAUGGAAGUUUUGUUUAUGAAUUGCGGGGACUGGAUCAGGAACAUGCUCUUCAAUUGUUUAGCUGGCAUGCUUUCAUGAGAGAUCAACCUGAAGAAGAUUAUAAAGAAUUGUCAUGCAAAGCUGUGGAUAUUUGCAAUAGGCUGCCAUUUUCACUUGAAGUUCUGGGUGCUCAUUUGUAUAACAGAGACUUAAGUGAUUGGAAUCAAGCUAUUCAAACGCUAGCAUGUUCAAGUUACUAUGGCAAGUACGCCAUUCCUAGACUUUGUUAUGAUAGCCUCAAAUCUGAACAAAAAGAGAUGUUUCUAGACAUGGCUUGUUUAUUCACAGGAAGAAAGAGGGAAAAUACUAUUAGCUUUUGGGAAGCUAGUCAUUUGCAUCCUAAUGAAGGCCUAACAGAAAUGAAGCUAAAAUCACUCAUUAAAUUAGACGAGCAUAAUAGACUUGUAAUGCAUAGUGAGCUGAGGGAUAUGGGAAGAGCCAUUGUAGCAGAUGAAUCACCAGAACCAGGGAAGCGUAGCAGAUUGUGGAAGCCAGAAGAGGUUGAACAAGUUAUAAUAGAAGGAAAGGGAACAGAAAGGGUGAGAUGUCUUACAUACCUCCAGCAAGAUGUAAAAUUUCAAACUCAUAGUUUCCAAAGAAUGUGUAAUUUGCAAUUGCUUUGGCUUGAUGGAGCUCUUCUAGAGGGAGACUAUAGAAAAAUGCCUCCAGAUUUGAAGUGGCUAAGAUGGGAAAACUGCCCUCUAAAAUGCUUGCCAUGUGAAUGGAAUAUGAAACAUCUGGCAGUUCUUGAUCUAAGCUUCAGCAAAGGCAUUGAGGCACUGUGGUCGGAACCAUCCAAUAUAGAGGGUCCGAAAAACCUCAAAGUACUUAAGCUAAAUUACUGCACAAGUCUUCAAGUCCUUCCAGAUUUAGCCAAUCUGACGUCUCUCAUGGAACUGGAGAUCUGUGGUUGUAAAGAGUUGCGGGAACUGCCAGAGUCCUUUGGAUUUCUGACAAAGCUAAAGUACCUUGAUCUGUCAAAUUGCUGCAACUUAAGCCAACUUCCAAAUACCAUAACUAACUUAAUAUCGCUGGAGGUGCUGUUUCUAUCAAAUUGUCACAGCAUCAAAAUCUUACCUGACUCAUUUGAAGAUCUGGGAGUUCUAAAAAAGGUCAAAUUAGAUGGAAUGCCCUUAAAGAAUUUGCCCAAAUCCUUUAGAUUGUUGUCCUGCUUGGAGAAGCUAUCUCUUCAUGGUUGCCAUAAAUUAAGUAGCCUUCCUCAACCAAUAGGAGAAUUGAAUCGUUUGCGGUAUCUGGAUUUAAAUGGUUGUUCUAGUUUACAGACUCUACCUGACUCAAUCUAUGAACUUGAAAGCUUAUGCCGGUUGGAUAUGACUGGUUGCCAAAGAAUCAGCUUAGGAGCAGAGAUAGGGGACCUUGUUUGUCUGGAAAGGUUGGUUCUAAGUAAUUGUACAGCAAUAUGGAAGUUGCCUACAUCAAUAGGUCAACUUAGUUCUUUACAAUAUCUGAACCUGAACCACUGCACUUCUUUGUUUCGACUGCCAGAGGAGUUGGGAAAUCUGGUCUGUUUAAAGGAGUUGGUGCUCAAUGAAUGCUACAAUUUAUUGGAGCUUCCACAGAGCAUCGGGAAACUUUCUUGCCUAAAGACUCUAGAAAUGGAAGAAACCUACAGCCUAUCUGUUCUUCCACCUAACUUCACAAGACUUACUUCCUUACAGAUUCUAAAAGCGGGUAGCUGUCCUCUACCACAACAUAUUGGAGAGUUGUCAUCAUUAGAAAUUCUGCAUCUUAAAUCAUACAAAAUGUCCUUUUUGCCGCCGACUUUUGGCACACUUUUGCGGCUAAGCAAACUCUACCUGCAUCACUGUACAGAGUUUUUGGAACUUCCACAUCUUCCAAAGGAACUCAUUGAAGUGCGUAUUCAAGACUGUUUGGGAAUAAAGAAAAUAUCUAACAUGUCACAUAUGAAGAGGCUAAAGCUGCUGAUCAUACACAACUGCAGGGAACUUGUUGAAUUGCCUGACUUUGGGUUCUUAAAGUCACUGCAAGAGCUCUCAAUAUCGGGAUGUAGGAAUGUGAAGCGUAUUCAAGGAAUGGAAGGGCUGAAAUCCUUAAGAAGAGUGCAUGUUACAGGUUGCAGAUUGGCCGGCUCUGGAAGCUUAAUAUUGAAACCCUGCCAAUUAAUCAAGGAAGCACAUUGUCUAGAGUUACUCAGUUUUUCUGCAAAUGGGGUGCCAGAGUGCCUAGAAAAGAAGAUGGAAACAAAUGGUGGUGAUUUACUGUAUGUUACAUUGGACAGUAAUGAGCAAUGUUCAGGGAUUAUCUUAUGCUUUAUGGCGAGUUUCAAGCGUGGGAUUAAUUCAGUCGGUGUAGAACUAUGCACUUUACGAGAUGGCAAGGAGAUUUUCAAUACCAGGCUUGUUAACCACUCAAAAACUAUAGAGGGAGAUCAGAUUUUUGUGCACAUUUUGCAUAAAAAUCACCCCAUGGCUAUGAUGUUGCAGAGUGGAGAUGUAGUCCAGGCAAAGGCAGACAGAGAUGAAGAAAGAAUGUUAAUAAGAAGUGGUGGAAUGCAAUUCUUCUCUGUAGGAGAAGAUGGGAAAAGAGAAGAUCUAAUACUGGAGAGCUUGGGAAAGGAUUUGACAAUGUUAAUGGAAGAUUACCAUGAAAAUCUAGUCUGUGAAGAUGACGAAAUUAUGUCAGUGACUAGAUACAAACCCUCAAACAGGUCUCUGUCUUCUACAUCAAGGAGUUACGAUGUAUUCUUAUGUUUUAGAGGGGAGGACGUAAGAAGAACAUUUGUAGAUCACCUGUAUGUUUCCUUAAAAGAUGCAGGUGUUAAUGCAUUCCUCGAUAGCCAAAGCAUUAACAGGGGUGAUGAGAUCGAUUCAACUAUUCAAGAGGCAAUCUACAACAGUCAGAUUCUCAUUCCUAUUUUCUCCAAGAAGUUUUCAGAGUCCCACUGGUGCUUGGACGAGGUAGCUCACAUGUGCAAAGCAAAUGGUAGAAUUAUACCCUUGUUCUAUUAUGUCAAGCCAACAGAGGUAAGAAAUCCUUCGAAAGGUGCCUAUGCCGAGGCUUUUGAGGAGAAGAAACAAAGAUACAUACCGGAAAGAAUUAACGAGUGGGAAAGUGCUCUUCGCAAAAUUCCCUCCUUCUCUGGCUGGUGUAUUGAUGACACAUCUGGAUCUGAGGCAGAAAAAGUCAAGCAAGUAGUCCAGGAUGUUUUAGAGAUAUUAAAACAAAAGGCGACCUCAGUUGAGGAAACUCAGCCCCAGACCCUAGAAGGAGAACACUCAGAUACAACACCGAGAACUGAACCACUCAGAAUUUCAAAGUCAAUCUUCAUCAAUGUGGCAGAACACGUGAGUAAAGUUAUAAAUAUGCUCAAUACAGAUUCUGAUGAGAAUAUACUCACUGUUACCAUUUAUGGAGAUGAGGGUGUUGGAAAAACGUCCCUUGCAAAGGCCAUCCACAAUCACAUUUAUCUCAAAUUUGAUGCAACCUGCAUUUUAUAUGAUGUGCGUCAUAAAGCCCAAAAUAUAACUGGUAUAACUAAGAUGCAGCGCCAGAUAUUGAAAGACCUUGUCAAGUUCAAGGAUAAAGUUAAUGAUGAGGUUCAUGGAAAGAUGUUGAUGAAGGAACAUUUGAGGUCUGUCAAGGCCCUUGUUAUUCUGGAAUAUGUUGAUGAUUGGAAGCAGUUGGAGGCUCUAGCAGGUGAUUGGUUUGGACCAGGUAGCAGAGUGCUUGUAACAACGCUUGACCCCAACAUACUAAAGAAUGAAAAUGGAAGUUUUGUUUAUGAAUUGCGGGGACUGGCUCAGGAACAUGCUCUUCAAUUGUUUAGCUGGCAUGCUUUCAUGAGAGAUCAACCUGAAGAAGAUUAUAAACAAUUGUCAUGCAAAGCUGUGGAUAUUUGCAACAGGCUGCCAUUUUCACUUGAAGUUCUGGGUGCUCAUUUGUGUGAUAGAGAUUUAAGUGAUUGGAAUCAAACCAUUCAAACACUAGAAUGUUCAAGUUACUAUGGCAAGUACGCCAUUCCUAGACUUUGUUAUGAUGGCCUCAAAUCUGAACAAAAAGAGAUGUUUCUGGACAUGGCUUGCUUAUUCACAGGAAGAAGACCGGAAAGUGUUAUUAGCUUUUGGGAAGCCAUUCAUUCUGAUCCCAAGGUAGGCCUAGCAGAAAUGGAGCUGAAAUCUCUCAUUAAAUCAGACGAGCAUGACAGACUUGGAAUGCAUAGUGAGCUGAGGGAUACGGGAAGAGCUAUUGUAGCAGAUGAAUCAGCGGAACCAGGGAAUCGUAGCAGAUUGUGGAAGCCAGAAGAGAUUCAACAAGUUUUAACGGAAGAAAAGGGAACAGAAAAGGUGAGAUAUCUUACAUACCUUCAGCAAGAUGUAAAACUUCAAACGCAUAGUUUUCAAAGAAUGUGUAAAUUGCAUUUGCUUUGGCUUAAUGGAGCUCAUGUAGAGGGAGACUACAGAAAAAUGCCUUCAGAUUUGAAGUGGCUAAGAUGGGAAAACUGCCCUCUACAAUACUUGCCAUGUGAAUGGAAUAUGAAACAUGUAGUAGUACUUGAUUUAAGCUUCAGCAAAAGCAUUAAGGCACUGUGGUCAAAACCAUCCAAUAUAGAGGGGCCGAAAAACCUCAAAGUACUUAAGUUGAAUUACUGCACAAGCCUUGAAGUGCUUCCAGAUUUAGCCAACCACACGUGGCUCAUGCAACUGGAGCUCUGUGGUUGUAAACAGUUGAAGGAACUGCCAGAGUCCAUUGGAUCUCUGACAGAGCUCAAGUACCUUGAUCUGUCGAAUUGCUGCAACUUGAAGAAUUUACCCAAAUCCCUUAGAUGGUUGUCCUGCUUGGAGAUGCUGUCUCUUCAUGGUUGCCAUAAACUAAGAAGCCUUCCUCAACGAAUAGGAGAAUGGAAGUGCUUGCAGCAUCUGGAUUUAUAUGGUUGUUCUCGUUUACAGACUCUACCUGAUUCAAUCUAUGAACUUGAAAGCUUAUCCAGGUUGGAUAUGACUGGUUGCAAAGAAAUCAGCUUAGAAGAAGGGCUAGGGCACCUUGUUCGUAUGACAAAAUUGGUUCUAAGCAAUUGUGCAGCAAUAUGGAGGUUGCCUGUAUCAACAGGUCAACUUAAUUGUUUACAACAUCUAAACCUGAAUCACUGCACUUUUUUGUCUCAACUGCCAAAGGGAUUGGGAAAUCUGAUCUGUUUAAAGGAGUUGUUGCUCAAUGAAUGCUACAAUCUACACGAGCUUCCAGAGAACAUCGGGAAUCUGUCUUGCCUAAAGACUCUAGAAAUGGAAGAAACGUACAGUCUAUCUGUUCUUCCAGCUAGUUUUUCAAAACUGACUUCCUUGAGGAAUCUAAAAGCGGGCGGUUGCCCUCUACCAGGGCUUAUUGGGGAGUUAUCAUCACUAGAAAAUAUGCAUCUGAAGUCAUAUAAAGAGUCCUUUUUGCCACCAGCUUUUGGCACACUUUUGUGCCUAACCAAACUCUUCCUGCAUCACUGUACACAGUUCUUGGAACUUCCACAUCUUCCAAAGGAGCUCAUUGAAGUGUGGAUUCAAGACUGUUUCGGACUAGAGAAAAUCUCUAACAUGUCUCAUAUGAAGAGGCUGAAACUGCUGAGGAUACACAACUGUAGGGGACUUGUUGAAUUGCCCGACUUUAGGUCUUUGCAGUCACUGCAAGAGCUCUCAAUAUCAGAAUGUAAGAACGUAAAGCCAAUUCAUGGAAUUCAAGGGCUGAAAUCUUUGAGAAGAGUGCAUGUUCCAGGUUGCAGAUUGACCAGCUCAGGAAGCUCAAUAUUGAAACCUCGCCUUUUAAUCAAGGAAACACGUUGUUUAGAGUUACUCAGUUUUUCAGCAAAUGGGGUUCCAAAGUGUUUAGAAAAGAAGAUGGAAAUUAACGGUGAUGAUGUACUGUAUGCUACAUUGGACAGUGACGAGCAAUGUUCAGGGAUUACAAUAUGCAUUAUGGUGAGGUUCAGGAGUGGUAUUAAUUCAGUGGGUGUAGAACUAAGCACUUUAAGAGAUGGCAAGGAGAUUUUCAAUACCAGGCUUGUUAACCAUUCAAAAAAUGUAGAAGGAGAUCAGAUUUUUGUGCACAUUUUGCAUAAAAAUCACCCCAUGGUUAUGAUCUUGCAGAGUGGAGAUGUGGUCCGGGCAAAGGUAGACGGAGAUGAAGAAAGAAUGAUAAGAAGUGGUGGAAUGCAAUUCUUCUCUAAAGGAGAAGAUGGGAGAAGAGAAGAUUUAUUGCUGGAGAACUUGGGAAGGGAUUUGGCAAUGUUAAUGGAAACUUACCGUGACAAUCUAGCCUUUGAAGAUGAGGAAUAAAACUGGAGCUGCGAAAUCUUCUCAGUAACAGGUUACUGUUAACAGGAUGGUCCCCUUUCUCUAAGUGGCCUCAAAAAAUAUGAUGGUCAUGGUAUCCGUAAAUGUUUUGAACCAUAAACAUGGGUAAGUUAUCUAGAUCCUAUAUUACAUAUAUGUGAUGUUACAAGUCCUCUACAGGAAAUUGCAAUUAAUUCAAUUGCAAUGGUCCACGCUGCCCAUUCGAAUGGAUUUCAGAUGUAUAUGUUUAAUACAAAUGGAAGCAAACCUGUUUGCAACAACUAUGGAAACAGCAUAUAAAAAGCGAAACCUAUUGUCUCGAGUUACUCAGUUUACCAGCAAAUGGAGUUCCAGAGUGCUUAGAAAAGAAGAUGGAAACCAAUGGUGAUGAUUUACUAUAUACUACAUUGGACAGUACCAAGCAAUGUUCGCGGAUUAUAUUCUUCUUUAUAGUGAGCUUCGAGAGUGGGAUUAUUAGUUCAGUGGAUGUAGAACUAAGCACUCUGAGAGAUGAGUAGAGAUAUCGUCCGGGCAAAGGCUGAUAGAGAUGAAGAAAGAAUGAUAAGAAGAUGGGAAAAGAGAAGAUUUGAUACUGGAGAGGUUGGGAAGGGGUUUGCCAAUGUUAAUGGAAGCUUACUGUGAAGAUGAGGAUUAAAACUGGAGCUGCAAAAUCUUGUCAGGUUAAUCUUCUGGUCAAUAUGGCUGAUUCUUAAUAGGAUGGUCCCCUUUUCUAAAGUAGCCUCAUAAACUAGAAUGGUAUCAGUAAAUGUUUUGAACCAUAAAAAAGGUUAAGUUAAUCUAGAUCCUAUAUUAUAUAUAU